AACCACAUCCCCCAUACGCGAAGUGCAGGCGCUGUCAGCUCGCCGGGCACCGCCCGCGGCGAAGCGACGAGACGCGACUUCCAGUCUCAUCCUGCGCCUAGCAACAACUGGUUUGGCCUUGAUGGCAACGUGGACCACUGUGUCAACCCGGAGCCGUCAGAGGUGGCUCGCGUGCAUCGCUGGAGCAUGGUGCGCGGCCAAUGCGGGUUUGCCGCUAAGCAAGACGGAUCUCACGCGCCAGCGAACCUUGGCUCGAAGACUUUGGCCAUCUGGUCUGCUGCCCGUCAUUCAGAGCAACUGCCCAAAUCGGCCAGCUUCUCCAACCCGGGCGGAGAGCGUAGUGUUCCUGAUCAUCGAUGGCUGGUCGACGAUGAUCCAAGGAUACACCCUGUCUGCAUCGUCAAUGUACAGACCCACAAUCUGCGGCAUGCUCCAUCGCUCGAUCAACUUCUCAGCCCAACUCUUUCGACCGAGCCCGCUGGUCCGAUCCGGCUCCAAUCUCGAACACCUCCUGAUGAUGACGGAGUGCAACAAGUCGCCACGGAAGCCAUGCUCGGAACAGCCCGGGAGCUGACCAUUACGAAGCAGCAGCCCGUCCUCCGCGACGUCGGACGGCCGACCUGUUCCAGCGGAAUGGCCUCAAGCGACCGCUCGGGGAAGGAGUCUCAAUCUGGGGCGACUUCGAGGCCGACUUCAUCGUCGAGGCAAAACACCACCCAGUCUGCACGGCAUCAACCGUCGUUCUCGGAAUUUUAUGCCUACGUUGAAAGCGAUUAUUCUCUGCCGGGAUCCGCCAAUGGUUCGUGGGCAUCCUACAAUGACUAUCAAGCGUCAGAGGCACGCAGCGGCCAAGGGGACACGCGAUCAGACGCCGGGCUCAGUUGUGCUGGCGUAUCUCCUCCAUCGGGUCAAGGCCUAGAUGGAAGUUCGACGUUAUCGGGCCAUUACUCUGGCGAUCAUGAGACUGGAUUGGCUAUUCCGAAGAAUUGCAGUCCGCCAUGUAGUGGCGGGGACUCGGCAAUGUCAGGCGAGGACUAUGAGGAGCAUGAUACCUCACAAAUUCUCGAGGGAGGUACGUAGAGCGGUAGCAUGCGCGGCGUUCUCUUACCUUGUCGUUGUUCCUCAUCCCUCUUCAUCCCGCCGCGUCCCGCCAAACCAGACUGCCUUGUUCAUAUGUUUCAACCAACAGGACCGAACCAAGCGUUGAACCCGGCCA